UGGAAAACCACUGCAUGAAAGAAAUGGACAAACAUGUAUUCUAUUUUUUGUUUGUUUGUUUGCUUUUAUUAUUUUUGUUGUUGUAAGUAAAAAGGUGUUGUUUUUUGGAGCUGUCUGAUUUUCCAGACACCACUUGCCUAAUCAUGCAUGCACAUGCCUGCAGCUGUAGCCUAUUGCCUUUUUAUUUAGAUUUUAUCUAUAUUCUUCACUUGACCUGCAAUUUUUUGACUGUGAGGACGCCCGUUUAUUUGUUUUUCUUCCCACUGGAAACUGACGUGAGAGUGAAGACAGCGUUGACAAUGCUUUCUUUCCUUUCAAACUCCCUCUAAAGUUCUCUUUAUGGCUUUCCAAAAUGCCAGAACAUAAUUUGAACGACAGCAAUCAUGGGAUCUUUUUUGCUCCUGGUUUAAAUGGCUCCAUUUCGUUUCCAAACGACAGCAUCUCGACUUGUAGGAACUUCACUUUGGACUCGCAGGUUGUCGGGGUCGGCAUCUUUCUCUCCGUUUUUAUCUUGGUCGCGAUUGCUGGAAACAUUUUAGUCAUCCUGUCUGUGGUGUGCAAUAAACAUUUGCAGACAGUCACAAACUUCUUCAUCGUGAACUUGGCCAUCGCAGACCUGCUGCUGAGCACCAUUGUACUGCCCUUCUCUGCAUCUUUGGAGGUGAUGGGAUGCUGGGUGUUUGGACGCGUUUUCUGUAACAUCUGGGCAGCGGUGGAUGUGCUCUGUUGCACCGCAUCCAUCCUCAGCCUCUGCAUCAUCUCCGUCGACCGCUACAUUGGGGUAAAAUACUGCCUCAAAUACCCGAGUAUCAUGACAGAGAGGAGGGCUGUGUACAUUUUAGUGGUGGUUUGGGUGUCAUCCACUGUCAUCUCUGUCGGACCGCUGCUGGGCUGGAAGGAACCGCCGCCUGUGGAUGAAAGCAUCUGCCGAAUCACGGAGGAGCCGGGCUACGCGCUCUUCUCCUCUCUCUUCUCUUUCUACCUCCCGCUCUCGGUCAUCCUCAUCAUGUAUUUUCGGGUGUACGUGGUGGCCCGCAGGACUACCAAAAGCCUGGAGGCGGGCGUCAAACGGGAGAGAAACAAGUCGAUGGACGUGGUUCUCCGGAUACACUGUCGCAGCGUGCUUGAGGACGCGCGCACGGCCAGUUCAAAAACCAGCAAAAACCACCCGUUCCGAAGUUCGCUCUCUGUGCGUCUGAUGAAGUUUUCCAGGGAAAAAAGAGCGGCCAAAACCCUCGCCAUCGUCGUGGGGAUGUUUAUUUUCUGCUGGCUGCCCUUUUUCUUCUUUCUUCCAAUGGGUUCAUUCUUCCCAACACUGAAGCCAUCUGAAACUGUGUUCAAGGUGGUGUUUUGGCUGGGCUACUUCAACAGCUGCAUCAACCCCAUAAUCUACCCCUGCUCUAGCAAAGAGUUCCAGAGGGCUUUCACUCGGCUGCUCAAGUGCCAGUGUCACCAAAGACGCAGAGUUCUUCGUCGCUUCUAUGACCAGCGGUGGAGGUCAUUCAAGGGAAUGACAAGGGAUCAGAGAGCAGACUAUAAGCCUGGCUACGCUGUGCAUGAUUCCUGUGGAAAUUCUCUGUUGCACAAAGGGAAAGGGAACUCCGUUGAUUUCAAGAGAUGGAGCCUGUUUCCACCCCUGCAAAAGUCAUCUUUCCAGCUUAAGGAGAAAGUGAAUAAUCUGUCAAAUAAAAUCAAGGGAGGGACAGGGAAAAGUACUCUACCUGCAGUGGACCAGUUUGACAUAGUCGACACAGUUUCAAUGGGGAUUUUUAACUCAUGUGAACAGAACAGUUAUCCAUUUUAUGAUCUGGCAGACUGCUAUGGCCUGAAAGAAACUGACAUUUAGAGGGUGACUGGAGAAUGUUCUAUUUAUUUUUCAACAGGCCGUAAUGGACCAGCAUGCAAGGAAGACUGAGAAAGGGCAUAAAAAAAAUCUGAGAAUCAAAUGUUGAUGAUGUUGAAGUUAUGAGCUGAGAUAAGAGCACUCACGCCAGCAACACUUCAUUUAAAAUCGUCAUCAUCAUCAUCAUGUUUAUUUCAAUAAGACGUCAUGUGACAUGAUUUAAGCCACAUUUUGGAAGUGCACACUGAAAUGUUCAACUCCUUUUGCUUUAUUUUACUGUUGUAUUGACAUUACACACUCAACAUUUGACAGGUUUUCACACUUCUGGUGAGAUACACGAGUGUCAUUACUACUGUUUUACUUCCUGUCAGUCUCCUUGUCUUCAAGUCUCCUUGUAUUAGCCAGCACUGAAUGGUUGUUAGUUUUAUGUCAUCUUAUUUCAAACAUAAAAGUGCAAUUAUUUUGAUUGUUGAUUGAAUUAUUGUACUUCAUCUGACAUUUGUCUAUUGUGACAAGGCAUUAUAAAGAUAAGAGGUCAGUAGAGAUGCUGCAUAAUAUUUAUUUUAGCAGUUAACUUUAUCUCAGUUGAUAUGCUCACUCGUUGCAAUAUCAUAAGAAGUCUACUUGGCCACCAAAUUAUUACUUACAUUAUCAUGUGAGUGCUAAUGUAAAAUAAGUGGGUUUUUUGUACAUUUUGAUGUUAUGAUUAUGUCAA